UCCAUUAUGGCAAUCAUCUCGGACUCAGUAGCCUUUCUCAUACAACAUGCACCGAGCAUCUUCCUACUGGUGGUUGUGGCUCAUUUCACGCGCAACUACUUUACACCGGGAGCAUCAUCUGUACCGGGACCCUUUCUAGCGAAAAUAUCCAAUCUCUGGAGAUUCUUUGAUGUGGCCAAUGGCCAUGCUGAGGUCACGCUCCAGAAACUCCAUCAGAAACAUGGUGACUAUGUACGACUAGGUCCAAAUGUAGUAAGUGUGCGGGAUUUGGACGCACUCAAGAUAAUAUAUGGCAUCAAUAAAGGAUAUAACAAGACCGAUUUCUACAGAGUGCAACAACAACUGGCCCAGGGCAGGCCAACACCUACGUUGUUCACGACGACAGAUGAAGACUUUCAUGCUUCUAUCAAGCGGCCUAUCUCAGCCGCAUACUCAAUGAGCACUUUGACAGAAUUCGAGCCGUUCGUUGACACAACAAUUCAUACGCUAUUCAGAAGGCUAGAUGAGUUUGUUGCUGAAAAGAAAGUAUGCGACAUUGCGGCCUGGUUACAGUACUGUAUGAUGAGCCCUGGGAUGAACUGCGGUGUCAAUGCUAAACCCUCAUCAGAUGCAUUUGACGUAAUCGGCGAAUUGACCUUCAGUAAGCCUCUUGGCUUCUUGGAGAACGGAGGUGAUGUAGACGGAAUCAUUACCGCACUUGAACAUAUGCUUGACUACUCAGGAAAGGUUGGCCAGAUGCCCUGGUUGGAUUAUGUGUUUAUUAAGAACCCCCUGAGACAGCUUGUGCAAGGAGGCUCCACUGGUGCUGUGGCUCGCUUUGCGCGUGCUCGGCUUGACGAAAGACUUCAACAGACAAGAUCAGAAUCGAAGAAUACCGAUACCCCCGCAACGCCAUCACACAAGGACUUUCUUGCUCGUUUUCUUGACGCAAAACAGGAGCAUCCCAAAAUCGUCAGCGACAAUCAAGUUUUCUCAUAUACCAUAAGCAACAUGAAUGCUGGCUCUGAUACGACGGCUAUUUCCUUGCGCGCGAUCCUAUACUACAGCCUCAAGAGCCCAAGGGUUAUGUCAAAGCUACACCAAGAGCUUCGAACCGCAUAUCAAGAAAAUAGGAUUACUAUACCCGUCUCAUGGAAGCAAAGUCAAGAGGAAUUGCCGUACCUUGAUGCAGUGAUCAAGGAAGCCCUCCGUUUGCACCCGGCCGUGGGGCUCCUUUUAGAACGCAUCAUCCCCGCUGGUGGUCUCCAGUUGCCCAAUGGUGGACCCUUUCUGCCAGCUGGGACAAUUGUCGGUGCCAAUCCCUGGAUCAUUCAUCGGCAUUCGCUCUUCGGGAAAGAUGUCGACUCGUUUGUCCCCGAGAGGUGGCUGCAGGCGGAUGAGGAGUCGGACUCUGAAUUCCAGGCACGCAAACAGCAAAUGCUCAGAGCAACUUUUACGUUUGGUGCUGGGCCGAGGACAUGCAUUGGGAAGAAUAUUAGUCUACUGGAGAUCUACAAGCUCAUACCGUCGCUAAUGCUGACAUACAAGAUCGAGCUUGAGUGCCCGGAGAAAGAGUGGGAGACGGUCAAUGCGUGGUUUGUGCGGCAGAAAAACAUGGAUGUUAAUUUGACACGCAGUGAUAUAUAG